GCUACAUUAUUACCUUUGCAGCCAGAGACAAGUUUAACUGUAAAAUACAUUCCAUGGAAACCUUCAGUAGGUCCAGAUUUAAUUUAUGAAUUUAGUAAUUUAUAUCAACUAUUCAACAGGUCAAACUGGCUAAUAUCUACUAUAUGAACUUAGUAAUAUAUGCAAUAACUUGCAAAAUUAUUAUUAUUUUAUUUAUUUUUUAAAAACAGCGAUAAUUAAUAAUAACAGCAGGUUGUGAUUUCCAGCACUGUAACAAAAAAAAAAAAGAAAAAGAAAAGAUAACCAAGGCUACGCUUUGCAAACCCCACUUUGCAAACCACUUCUAUAAGAAACAAAAGAAGAAUGAUGUGAAAUCGGUUACUAAAUUUUUGAAAUAAUUGGGUGAAGUGAGAAAUGAAGGUGAAUAUUUCAUUUCUAUCACUCUAUUAAAUGAGACCCAUGCUUGCUUCUUUUACUGCAAGAUUGAUGCACUUUAAAAAAAAAGCAAAAGAAAAAAAAAUUGUUCUAGUCAUGUGUGAGAACACUGUCUCUGAAUGUUCACAUGUAGGGAUACAAAAGAAGGAUUUAAAAAUGCAAUAUUGCCCCGAGGGUACUAUAGGAUGACUUGAUGAAAUGAUACGUGAGCAAUACAGCUGUUGUAUUAUGUUUCGUUCCCGAAACAUCUUGGAUUUCAGUGUCUAUACUAAUCAGCUGAAGGUUAUGCCCCUUGCCCUCCACCUCUGUUGCUGAGCUUCAUACUCGGUGCCAUUGUGCGGACCAUCACACUGACUGCUUUGUAUUGUGUUGUUACGUUUCUGUUUUUGGCCGGUUAUGAAAUUAGUAGCAGUUUUAAUGACACACUGGCAUCGCCGACUGUAAUUUUAAAGAGAUAACCAGUUUGAACGUUUAUACGACUGGACGUGAAGUACACGGUCUUCCAUCGGACCCGGAUUUCUGCGUUUCAUUCUUAAUCGGCUCUUAAUGCUGAUCCAUGUUUGUGCGCAUGUGCACGAUGCAUGCUUUUUGGUGAAAUGACUUCCAUAACAUGUCACAUUAUCACACGAUGUCAUAUCGUGAUAAGACCACAGGCACAUCCAAAUUCUUACAAUGGCCUUAUGUUCAGCAUUAUUCCACAAUUACACAUUUGGCUUGCCAGUUUUCAAGUUGUCUCACGUAUGCUUUAGCGGUUGAUCAAUCAAGCUAUUCAUACCGAGGGGGCGCACAUGACAUCUAAUGCCCCUAAGACUAAAAAGAGAAAGGACCUUUCUGUCUAUAGUCCCACCCCAGCUUUCCCAGCUUUAGGCAACUAAUAUAAUAAUAUAUAGUGGCUUGGAGUGGGAGCUUCUAUGGGAAAUGAAGGGUUGAAAGAGUAUGAAAAACUGUCACACUGUGGCCACCUCGGAGAACUUUGGAUAUCUUUGUGUACAAGCGAACGCCAAGGAAAAAAAUAUUCUCAGUGGUCGAAAAAUAGUAGCAUUGGAGAAGCCUGGAUAUUGCUCUGAACAGACUACUGAACUGAAUGGCACGAGUCCAGUAUCUUGUUUGGAAGCUGUCUGCUGUGUGUAUGUUUACAGAUAAGAUACAAAAGUGAAGGACAAUGGGAAAGGUGGUGGUCCAUUCUGAUAAGCGUAAAAAGACGUGCAUCACAGAGUUCCAAAGCAACCUCGAAAACCCUCGGAGAAUGAAGCCCAUGUGGCUGUUGAUUCUGCUCCUGACAGGCUGCUGUCGGGCUUCCCGUUUCACUCGUGACACAACCCAAGCCACACUCGGACGUGUUCCCGAUCAGGAGGUAGACAGCACGGCCUGGAACGGCUCCAAUCCAGAGCAGUCUGGGUCAAGGGGCUCGCCUCGCGGCCCGUUCCCACCCAUGUGCGUCGGACCCAUUGAGAUCAAGCACACGUUUAAGUACAUCAACACCGUCAUAUCUUGCUUGAUUUUUGUCGUGGGCAUCAUUGGAAACUCAACACUGUUGCGUAUCAUCUACAAGAACAAGUGCAUGAGGAACGGGCCAAACGUACUCAUUGGCAGCUUGGCUUUAGGAGAUCUUCUCUACAUCCUCAUUGCCAUCCCUAUCAACGUGUUUAAGUUGCUGGCAGAAGAAUGGCCAUUUGGUGUGUACAUCUGCAAGCUCAUGCCGUUCAUCCAGAAAGCCUCAGUGGGCAUCACAGUCCUUAGCUUGUGUGCCCUCAGUAUUGACAGAUAUCACGCCGUGACCUCAUGGAGCCGAGUGAAGGGGAUGGGGAUUCCACUAUGGAAAACUGUAGAAGUAACACUCAUCUGGCUACUCUCAGUGCUUCUAGCAGUGCCUGAGGCUUUGGCCUUUGACAUAAUGGAGACACAUUACCGAGGCCAGAAACUGCGGGUGUGCUUGCUUCAUCCCGUACAGACCACAUUGUUCCUGCAGUUUUAUCAGGAUAUAAAGGACUGGUGGCUGUUUGGCUUUUACUUCUGUUUACCGCUGGCCUGCACUGGUGUCUUCUAUACCCUUAUGUCAUGUGAGAUGCUGAAAAGGAAGAAAGGAAUGCGCAUUGCCCUGAAUGAUCAUAUGAAGCAGAGACGGGAAGUGGCUAAAACUGUAUUCUGCCUCGUGGUAGUCUUCGCUCUUUGCUGGCUGCCCCUGCACGUCAGCCGCAUCCUAAAAAAGACCAUCUACAAUCCGAACGACCCCAGCCGCUGUGAGCUCCUAAGCUUCCUUCUUGUGAUGGACUACAUCGGCAUCAACAUGGCCUCCCUCAACUCAUGCAUCAACCCUGUGGCUCUCUACUUUGUCAGUCAGAAGUUCAAAAAUUGUUUCAAGUCAUGCCUCUGUUGCUGGUGCCAGAGGAAAUUUCCAGCCAUUGAGCAGGUCUCAGGAGUCCGCUGGAAAGGGUCAAGUCUCGGUAAUGGUCUGGAUCGAUCUAGCUCGCGGUCUAGUCAGAAGUACAGUUCCUCCUAAAUACUCCAUGCUACCUGAGGUUCCUGCGCUUAGCAGCAACCAGGUUUGCCCUCAGUACCACAUCGUCGAUUCUCAUCAUUCCUGAGGACUCAAAUUCCCAUCGAUUCUCAUCGGACUUCCACUUCAAACCUACGGUGUGGGCCAGGACAGCUGAGCGGAGUCACAAAAUCACUUCUGUUCAAGAACAUUUCCAGCACAAAGAACACAUUUACAGGUUAAAUCACAGACUGGAUAAGUGUUGUAAGUUGUCUAAGUCGCUUGUGGCCCAUGCAGGCUGGAUCCUGGAGGUCUAAAUAGAGAUAUGCCAUUGGAACACUCCACUUUAGGGGACUUUACUGGCCCACGAUGAGACUGAAAUACUCAGUGAGACUGCACUGGAGUGAGUGUAAAGCUCCAUGAGUUUCUGGUGUCCAUCUUUACAUUAGACAAAGCUUAAGAACUUCCAUAAAACAAAUAAAGUGUUGCUAGUGGGACAGCACCGACAACGUGUGAUUUUGCUUGCCAAUUUGUAGCAAUAAUGAGUCAUAAAAGAAAGUAUUGUGUUAAACGCUAAGUGUAACACUGAAAUAAAUGGCGCAAGAUGUAUUAUUAUGAUUGUAUUUUACGAAGUUACAGCACAGAUCUGUAACGAACAUGACUCUCCGCACUGGCCACCUGCAUCAACAUCUCAUCUAUAUGGCAGUGUAACCGAUUUGUCUACUACUAAAGGAAACUACUGGAUAUAAGCAACGUACACGUUUCCAAGUUCUUUCAAACGCGGGAGUCCAGUGAAACGAUCGAAAGUGAGACUAUCAAAAUACUAUGAUGUCGAUUUGGAGUAAAAUACCACUGGCACCGCCGACGUGAAAAGACGAAGGUCACUGCUAAUAUAUUAUUUCUGUAUAUAAUGGAAGGUUGAUGUAGCCUCUAGUCAUAGCGAUGGGAGUGAAUAUGAAAGCAAGUCAAUCAUGCUUAUAUUAUUAUGGGUCUGGUUUCUACACAUGGAAAAGUUUUUCCACAUUCCCAUCGCAACAACUCAUUUCAAAUUGAAGAUGCACCGUUUUAAUUCUCGCGUUUUACGAUUUUUGAAUCCUUGCUAUGGCAAAAUGGGAGACACGUCCCUUUUUUUUUUUUUUUUUUUUUUUUUUGUAAAGCAAAAGUAGCAGUCAGGCCAAAGGCGGAUGAAAUUCAAUAAGCGGAAAACACCAAGCCAACGGGAAACGUAGUUCAGGAAAGGCUCGUUUGCUUCUAGUAGCGUUUUCUUUAAUUAUGCUAACUUGAUCCAGGUGACCUGUGAAUUCAUGAACCUCUGUGUUGCGAGACAAAAAGGAGGAAGGAAAAAAAUAAAUAAAUAAAAAGUGCAGGGGAGUGUGGACUGUUUGGUCAGAUCAAAAUGGCUGAGCUUUUUAUCAUUAUUAUUAUUAUUAUUAUUAUUAUUAUUAUUAUGUAGUGAUACUGAACGUUCACCUGGCUCAUUUCUUAUCGCACAUCUGGAUAAAAACAAUUAGGUAGCUAGCUAAUGUUAUCCCUACAGUCUUUCCAAAAACUGAUUUUGAAUCGUGAGAGAGAAAAAUAAAGUGUAGCAGCGGCCCAACAACCAUCAGAACCAACAUGGUGUCGACUGACGCCUGUGACUUGACGGGAUCACGUGAUCAAGUUGGUCUUAUAUCCUGCCCAAAAGGAAUUAAAACUCACUGUAUGCAAAAAUUUGGAAAUGUGCUCGUGUGUUUCUGUAUCCACCGACAGGACACAGGCAGACUGUGACGUGUAUCGCUUUUAAUAUAUUCUUUAGAUAUAUAAGCUAGCAUAUAUUUCAUUUUUCAAACUUAAUAAGGAAUACAUAUAUUUUUUUUUAUAUUCCAUACAUCUUUCCAUUUCCGUACUGAACUACUAACACCAGUGUGAAUUAACGUGACAUUAACGGCUUUGUUAUUAAACUGUUCUAUACUAUUUUCAGACCUUUGAUGUAUUUACUUUUCCCCCAUUGUGUACAUUGUCAGUCCUCCUAGAAGGGUUUUAUUCGACAUUAUUAACAAUGCUUUUAUAUUGUACCUACUUAUUGUCAAAUAUGCUGAAAUAAAUGCUAUUUUAUCACA